CAUACCCCAAAGGCCCUGGGUCCACACAAGCUGUGCAUGCUCUGAGAGAAAGUACUGUACAGGCCCUCACACUCCAUGGUACACCACUGCCCAACAUCUUCCAGCAGCUGUUAAUUUGUCUCCAAAGCAAAAUCAGCCUGUUAUUUGCUUCGCUAGCUCUCUCCUUUCCGGCUCCUUUUCUGCCUUCUGUUGGGCCAGAGCUGGAAUAGCCAGGGGCUGCAGGCUGAGACUGAGGGGCACCAGCAAAGCUGGGGCGAGGGGCAAGACUGGGAUAUUGGGACUAUGGGUUGGGGUUGAGGGACAUCAGCAGAGCUAGUGGGGGAAGCCCAGGGCUGGACGAGCAGGUGGCUCUGAGGCAGGGCUGUCAUGGGACACGGGUACAGGUUGCGAUUGAGAGGCACCGGCUGGGGUGAGAUGGGGGGGAGCGCAUGGCUGGGAGGGGGCGGAGGUUGGGUUGGAAGUGAGAGACAUCAGCAGAGCUGCAGGGGGAAGGAUGAGAGCGGAGAUGAAAUGCACAGAGAGCAGCUUCCUGUCUGGAUUCAUGGAAUGCAUUAAAGACCUCACCCCACCCCCCACCACACACACCAGAGACUCGGACUGGUAAUGGAUGGGCUAGGAAGCCCCACCUUUCCUUGAUGGCAUCAUUGCAAGGGGGGAGGGGAAGAGUUUAUUAAAGGGGUCCUUUGGCUCCAGGCUGCCCAGAGUAGCUGCAGGGCACAGGAAGACUCCAUUCCCGCUGCCCAUCUUAAAGGGACAGCCUUUCCAAUUAGCGCUGGGCAUCCAUUGCCCCUGGGGCGCCCCUUGCCCCCUAGUAUCGAGUCUGCUCUGGGCUGGCGGGCCCUGCCCCUGAUGCCCAUGCUCUCCUCCGGCAUGAACUGCGUGGCUGAUUUCUUCACCUAUGAGACCACCAAGUCGGUGGUGGUCAAGAGCUGGACCGUUGGUGUGAUCAACCGGGUUGUGCAGCUGCUCAUCAUCUCGUACUUCAUCGGCUGGGUGUUUCUCCAUGAGAAGGCGUACCAGGUGCGGGACACCUCUAUUGAGUCCUCCGUGGUGACCAAGGUCAAGGGCUUCGGCAAAUACACCAACCGAGUCAUGGACACGGCAGACUACGUUACGCCCCCGCAGGGGACGUCCGUCUUCGUGAUCAUCACCAAGCAGAUUGUCACGGAGAACCAAGUCCAAGGCUUUUGUCCUGAGAGCGAAGCCAAGUACAGCUGUGUGUCUGACAGCGACUGCCAGAGGCCUGCGCUUCCAUCCGCAGGGAUCCUGACGGGCCGGUGUGUGAACUACAGCAGGAGCCUGCGGACCUGUGAGAUCCAGGGCUGGUGCCCAGCCGAGGUGGACACUGUCCAGGCGCCCAUCAUGCUGGAGGCAGAGAAUUUCACCCUCUUCAUUAAGAACAGCAUCCGCUUCCCGCUCUUCGACUUCGAGAAAGGUAACCUGCUGCCCAACCUGACGGCCCAGGACAUCCGGACGUGCCGCUUCCACCCGGUCACCCAGCCCUUCUGCCCCAUCCUGCGCCUGGGCGACAUCGUCCACUUCGCCGGCCAGGACUUCGCCAAGCUGGCUUCCACAGGGGGAAUUCUGGGGAUUAAGAUCGGGUGGGUGUGCGACCUGGAUCGCUCAUGGGACCAGUGCGUGCCGAGCUACGCCUUCACCCGCCUCGACAGCGUCUCCGAGAAGAACAGCGUCUCUCCUGGCUACAACUUCAGGUAUGCCAGGUACUACAGGCGGGAGAACGGCACUGAGUACCGGACCCUGAUGAAGGCUUUUGGCAUCCGUUUCGACGUGCUGGUCUACGGGAACGCUGGGAAAUUCAACAUAAUCCCAACCCUGAUCAACACGGUGGCAGCCUUCACCUCCGUUGGGGUGGGCACUGUGCUGUGCGACAUCAUCCUCCUCAACUUCCUCAAGGGCGCAGAGCAGUACAAGGCGAAGAAGUUCGAAGAGGUGACGGACCUGACCCUGCGCCACAGCCCUGUGUACAGGAGCAGCCAGGGGCUGGGAGGCCGGAACGCCGAGAAACAAUCCACCGACUCCGGGGCCUACUCCAUCGGCCUCUAGUGCCCCGGAUCGGGGCAGGGGCCUCUUUUGUACUGUCCCCUCCUGGGAGCCUCUGCGUCUCCCACCCAGAGUCUCCCUCAGCGCAGAAAUCUCUCCUCCCGCACGUCCUCCUGGGCGCACUGCCGCCUCCCUCCAGAA